UCGUUGCCGUAGUACCACACCUGCCAGGAAAGAAUUUUGUUUCUAGGAAACCGAGCUUUUUCAUUUUCUCUGUUCAAGCAGUUAUACUUUGAUGCUGGUCGGAUACAAAAACGUAAGAAAGGGGAGAUUGGAACAUUCUCCUUAUGCUUCUGCAGCUGGUGACGCAAAUGUUUCCCAUUUCCGUCCCAACUUCUUCUAAAUAUAAAGUCAGGUGACAAUCCAGCUGCCUCCAUGUAAAACACCCGGGGCCACAGAAUGCUGCAGCCCACAUCUCUCCGUGCAUUUGAAGCCCAACAGGAAAAGGUCUUAUGAACUAAUACAUUCGAAGAGCACCGAAGACAGUCGAAAAAGCGAUUAACUGACUCGAGCAGUCACGUCGAACAUGCCGAAGCCACAAACAGUGAUGUGCUACAUUUGUGGGAAGGAGUUCAGUUCACACUCCCUCAAUGUUCACGAACGACAGUGUGCUAAAAGAUGGGAAAUGACGAAACAGAAAGAAAAAGAGGAUGCCAAGCAACAGCAGAUGAGAAAAUCUUCGCACGAGUCUCGUAAGCGACGAGUCUUACCCAACGUGCCGACUAUGGACAGACAACAAAGUUUGAGUUUAGACGACAUAAGAGGUUCUUCAUCAAGAAGAGCAUCGCAAACCCGACUCAAUGCUGUUACAAUUAGGGAACAUGGGCAAAGAUUACUUCAAGAGCGCUCUAAAUCAAUAGCCACUACAACACCACUGUUAAAGCCAGAAUCCUCUCUAGGAGAUAUUUCAGAUUCCUCUUCUGAACAGGACACUCUUGGGAAAUUAGAAGUUCAGUCACACUCUUCCACAGAGCAAACCACAUCAGAUGACGACGACGUUGACAAGAGUAGCAAGGCGACAGGUACUGUGUCUGAACUAAACGGGCAACAGAUGGACUUUCCUUUUUCAAGACCAGGGACAGUUACUCUUAAUAGAAAGCAUCUGACAUCUAAUUCACCUAGGAGGGAAGGCUCAAUAGAAUCACUAUCAUCAGACUCACAGGAAACUGACAGUGUGAAAGGGACACCUUUGGCCAAAGCAAGAUUCUUUUCUUCUAGUAACCCCAAUUUGAUGGUUUGUUACAUCUGUGGACGUGAAUAUGGAUCUAAGUCCUUGAAAAUUCAUGAGCCUCAGUGUCUGAAGAAAUGGCGUCUAGCCAAUCCAAAGCGUUCUCGCAGCCCUUGUGGUCGUCAAAAUGGGCUCAGUAAGGCUAACUCAGUUUCUUCCCUUACAAGUCAAGACAUUGCUAUCCUUGAUGAUCAGCAAGUUAUAAUGACCUCAAUGUCAUUACCACAUCAGAAACUAGAGAAACAACGCUCUGCUUCAUGUGAGAAUCUCAUUGCUACUACCAGUAGGAGACCAUCCCGAGGCAACAUUCAAGUAUCAAAGAUGGUUCUUUGCUACAUUUGUGGUAAACAAUUUACUUCCCACUCCUUACCAAUCCACGAAAAACAAUGUUUGAAGAAAUGGGAGGCACAGAAAAAGGUUGAUGCUACUGAAAAGUUAAAGAAAGAGUUACAGUCUAAGAAAAGGAACUCUAUUCACUUGCCUGUUACAAUUAAAAUUGAUCAUGUUGAGGAAAAUAACAACAAAAAGACACCAUCAUCCAAAAGAAGUGGAAGUUAUGGGGAUCUCUUAUCCCCAGAGCAGGCUACACUAGAUUAUGAUUCUGACACAGCAGACCAGGUACAAGAUCAGGAAAGCUUUAAACCAAGUAAACCAGCCUUGGUUGUAUGUUAUCUUUGUGGCCGUGAGUAUGGAUCUGCUUCAAUUUCUAUUCAUGAGAAACAGUGUUUAAAAAAGUGGCAGACAAGUGAAGCAAGAAAAGCACACGAGAAGUCAAAAUCAGCAAAAGAGAAAAAACUAACUGGCUCAAGACAAAAACCAAAAUCAUUUGUAUUUUAAUCCCAAGUUGAACUGUCAAAUUUAAAAUUAGACACAACCUGUAAAGAGAGACACCCAGUCACCUAGGUGCAAGCUGAUGGGCAUGAUCAAUUCAGGGAUGAUUGUUGCCUUUCUGUUUUAAUCUUAUUGUAGUUUACGUUAUCAACCCUCUGAACAACCAGGGCCAAUUUUAUGCCUUUGGCUUUCUAAUAAGGCUCUUGCUUGCCAUAUAAGUUUUUUUAAAGAUCUUUCUGCUAAUACAUGAAAGUUUUUAAUUUUAUUGAAUUAUAUUUCAGAUUGCCUUUGCUGUAACCAAAUUCCAUUGAAGUUAUUUAAUUGUCAAUUGUUUAUUUUCAAUACUCUUUGCUUUAAACAUGGCAAGGAGUUUUGUGGGUUUAUUCAAGCACACAGUACAAAUUUGCUGAA